UACAGAUUCAGAAUCUCUAUUUGCUCUUCAAAGCCAUGACCAGCCCAACCGCCGACCUCGUUGCCCUCAACUCGUCAACACUGGGCACAGCCAUGCCGGAAGUGACUCUACCGGAUGGCAGUAAAGUGCAGACAGGAACAGUGGGAGCGCUGCUGAUCAACAUUCGGGUGUAUAAUGAAGCUCAUGCAAACGGCAACCGGGACAAGAUGGAAACCCUUCGCACUGCCCUCAGAACCGCGAUACCAUUGUUGCAGAAAGUUGGCAUGUUUGAUCUGUUUCCGCCUGAGGAGUGGAUCCAAGGUGAUAACGAGGGGCGAAAGCUGGUGGGAAGGAUAUAUCAGGAGUUCUUCGAAUUGGCGUGAUCGUAUAAAUGCUCUAUAAUUUCAUAGUUAAUUGAAGC